GGGAGGCGACGCGCGUUCGGUGGACAUGCGUGUGUUGUGUUACUUGCAUGCACGCUAGAGAGCGCGCACACACUCGUCAGGCGGCCACCCCGCCACCACCAUCGACGAGUGCAACCACCGCGACGUGGACGUGGGUCGGACUCGCGGGGCCCCAAAUGUGUUGAAAUCCAGCGUGAAUCGUUUGGACUUUCCUCGUCGGCGUGCUGAAGAUUUUUCUUUUAUUCAUUUGGCCUCGUUUGUGUUUUUUUUUUUCUUGCCGGGACGGUGUUUCCACGAGGAGGACGUGUUUAUGGAUCGGUGCGCGGCGGCCAGCAGCACCGGGACAUCAUCCGACGCUCCUCGGUCAUGAUUCGCCGCUUGCGCGCCUCUCGUGAACUUUGAACCAGAAAGAAAGUCUUUUUUGGACAACCCCGAUCCCACGUUUGCUCGUUUUGUUGUCCUCACUCGUGCUUUUUCAAAGUGUCCGCGGGAUAGCAUGGCAAUGGUAGUAAACCAGUGGCCAGAGAGCAUUUCCGCCGAGCCGGGCUCGCAGCUGCAGAUUUGCGGCCAGGAUCCGGGCGGAGGCGGCGGCGGUGGCGCGCCCGGGACGCCCGCCGGCUCCACGCCGGGCAACGACGCGCUGUCCGGGGACAAGCUGCCCAACGUGGACUGCAUGGUGUGCGGGGACAAGUCGAGCGGAAAGCACUACGGGCAGUUCACGUGCGAGGGCUGCAAGAGCUUCUUCAAGCGCUCCGUGCGCCGGAACCUGUCCUACAGCUGCCGCGGCAACCGCGACUGCCCCAUCGACCAGCACCACCGCAACCAGUGCCAGUACUGCCGCCUGAAAAAGUGCCUCAAAGUCGGCAUGAGGAGAGAAGCCGUCCAGCGAGGACGCACGUCCAACUCUCAAAGUAGCCCGGGCCAGUACCUGAGCAACGGCGCCGACCCGUACAACAGCCAGCCCUACCUGUCAGGCUUCAUCUCGCUGCUGCUGCGCGCCGAGCCCUACCCGACGUCGCGUUACGGCGCCCAGUGCAUGCAGGGCAACAACCUGAUGGGCAUCGAGAACAUCUGCGAGCUGGCCGCCCGCCUGCUCUUCAGCGCCGUGGAGUGGGCCAAGAACAUCCCCUUCUUCCCCGAUCUGCAGCUCAUGGAUCAGGUGGCGCUGCUGCGCAUGUCGUGGAGCGAGCUGUUCGUCCUGAACGCGGCGCAGUGCUCCAUGCCGCUGCACGUGGCGCCCCUGCUGGCGGCGGCCGGCCUGCACGCCUCGCCCAUGUCGGCCGAGCGCGUGGUGGCCUUCAUGGACCACAUCCGCGUCUUCCAGGAGCAGGUGGAGAAGCUCAAGGCGCUCCAAGUGGACACGGCCGAGUACUCCUGCCUCAAGUCCAUCGUGCUCUUCACAUCCGACGCGAUGGGCCUGUCGGACGCGGGCCACGUGGAGAGCAUCCAGGAGAAGUCGCAGUGCGCCCUGGAGGAGUACGUGCGCAACCAGUACCCGAGCCAGCCCAACCGCUUCGGGCGUCUGCUGCUGCGGCUGCCGUCGCUGCGCAUCGUGUCGUCGCCCGUCAUCGAGCAGCUCUUCUUCGUGCGCCUGGUGGGCAAGACGCCCAUCGAGACGCUGCUGCGCGACAUGCUGCUGUCGGGUUCCGGCUACAACUGGCCCUACGUGCCCGCCGCUGUCCAGCGCGAGCGACCCGUCUCGCUGCACUACAACGACGGUGGUCCCUGAGGGCCCCCGGAGACCUGGGCAAGCCAAAAAGACUGGACGCGCAGGCGGAGGCCCGCCCCAACCGCAAGCCAUUAUACGAAAAAGGACAAACGCCAAAAACAUUUUCUUUUUUGUUUUUUUUUUUUUUUUUUGUGGGACCUUUUUGCAGAAGUUUUAUUGUGUGUUUAUACCGAGAGAAAAGUCCCGAUGUACGGUCCACAUGUACGGUGUAGCGUCCAUAGCAUAGCGGGUGUCCGCUGGAUUUGGAGGAGGUUGUGGGUGCGGCGGGGUAAAGCUCAGGUUCAAAAGCGGGGGUGACUUGACUACCAAGACUCAAAAACUAAGACAAAACAAAAAUGAAUCUUAUUAUGCCAAAGUGAACAUUUUUUUGGGAGGGUUCAAUUUCGGGAAGCACGGUGGACUCGUGGGGAACAGCCACAUUCCAAAAGCAUGCGUGGGGGUUUCACUGAAGACUCCAAAUUGUCCAUCGUUGGGACUGUGAGUGUGAAGGCCAUAUUUAGGUCGAUGGUGGGAGAACGGGCGCAUCUUCAUUGUCGUGCCGGGGCAGGUCUCGUAUCGCGUGUUUGGGAAUUUGGCACACUGUUGAGCGUUUUCUUUUGGUGACAGAAAGUCAAUAAGACUUGAGACCAGCUCAAAGCAGAUUUAAGUUGUGGCGCAGGUGGUAUAUUGUGAUUUUGGUGGACUUUAUGGAGGUGCAGACUGAUUCUGAGUUGGACGUAAACAUAAUUCAUUCGUCAACGUGACAACAGUUUCGACAUCGAUUCAUUAAACCCAUUCUAAAUAUAUUUUGGCGCUUUCCAUCCCCAUGGACUCCCACCAUGUCUCUUGUGCUGCAUUGAAAGGGAAUUAGGAGAGCCGGUACCGUUGGAUGGCAAACGGGUCCGCUGUGUUUCCUCCCACAACGGCGCAAACACCGCCUUCUAGGAAACUUGCAAAAGAAAGAAAUGUCGAGCCACGUACACUUUCCCACAAGUCCGUUUCGCUUCAAUCAAGAUCGUGGUAAUGCUUGUUUGCCCUACGACCAGUCCAGAGUGUCCCUUAGUUUUGAAUGUGUUUGUCAACAUUUUUCCUGCAAUUGGCUAGUGACCAGUCCAGGCUGUACCGCACUUCUCACACCAGAAGUCACUUUAGCGUCAUUGAGGACUCCAAAACAGGAGGGCUUGUUUGUUUUCAUGUGGCCUGUGAUGGGGUGGCGACCAAUCUGAGGUAUAUCAUGCUUCCGUUGCCAGAAGUCCGUGGCUAGCAACUAAUCUAGUUCGUACCCGGGUUCUCUCGCCCAA